AUGAGUGGCAUGACUCACGACGACCCUGAAAACCCGCCUCUGCACCAAUCACUUUUCCCCGCGCACGUCCGAGCGAGGGAUGCGGCGGAACCAUCGGCGGGAAUCGCGGGGCCGCGCGGAGAAGAGCUGCAAGUGGCGAGACCAGUAGAAGGACCAGCGGCGCCGGGGCAAGGAGCGGAAUGUCCAGAGGCGGGGAAAGUGGGGGGAAGCGGAGGGGGAAGAUGGGGCCGCGCUGAGCUGUCAGCGGCGGAGAAUGGCGCAGCGCCCGCGGUAAGGGGCGCGAGCGGCGGAAGGGGAACGCGCGGCGGAAGGGGAGCGGGUGGCGGAAGGAAGCGGCGGAAGCGGAUUGCAGUGGCGCGCACAGUCCUGGGAUGCGCGUGCGCGCUGCUGGCGCUUCUGGGGGUUGCGCUGAUGGCGCGGAGGGGGGAAGACGGCGGAAUCUCGGGCGCGUGGCUCGCAGCCGAACCUCUGCUGGUCCACCCCUCUCUGGAGCCCUCCCCUCUGCUGCUGCGGGGCCUGGGUAGCUUUACACCCGAGACUGAUAUGCGUAAGGUGGAGCAAGUGCGAAGAGAAAGCACCUAUGUCCCACCCGUUGUUCAGCGCGUUUAUAUCGACAUUUCAGGAGCCAGCAUGACAUUUAAGGAUGAAAUACAGGUCCAGAACCCCAUCAAUG